CUUGACAAGACAACGAGCAAAGAUUUGCCUCACUCUAAUGUCAGUGAGAAAGUUACUGAUGCAAGUAAACACUUAAGCAGUCGCUCUAGCUUUGCCCAGUCAACUUUGAAUACUUUUGUUACUGUGGGGAAAAGAAAACAUGAGAACAUAAGCACCAUGCUCUCUGAAGCACCUGUACUCAGAAACCAACCUUCUAGUUGUCGUGUGGAGAAAAGCAGAUUUGAAGUUCGUGCGUUAGCUGCAAGAUGUCUGAUGGAAGGUGAUCACGUUGAUGGUAUGGUCCCCUCAAAGGAAGAUAAGAUGCCAAACCAAAUAGAUUCUGAAUCUGAAAAUCGGACGUCUCCUGGAAUCGAUACUGAUAAAGUUGAAAGACAUGAAAGAGAACAUGAAAAAUCAUUAUGUUUUGAAGAACCAACAUCAGAUAAAACACUCCCCAAGGGGGAUAUGGAAAGGAUUUUGGAGGAAAAUCCACGUUGCAGUCAGCCACUGCGAUCUGUUGCAACAGUACUGGACUCCCCAGCUCAGUCAACCGGUCCAAAAAUGUUUUCCACAUUAGAAUUUAGUUUUCAUAACCUCAGGAAGAGGAGGUUAGAAAGGCUGUCGAGAUUACAGUCCACAGGUUAUGUAUCUAAAUGCAUGAACACGCCUCAGCCUAAAAAGUGUUUUGCCGCUGCAACAUUAGAGUUAUCUCAACCGGAUGAUGAAGAGCGAAAAGCAAGGGCUUUAGCUGCAGCCACUUCUGAGCUGGAAAGGCUAUUUCGAAAAGAAGAUUUCAGGAGAAUGCAGGUACUCGGGCAAUUCAAUCUUGGGUUCAUCAUUGCGAAAUUGGAGCGAGAUCUGUUCAUCGUGGAUCAGCAUGCAGCUGAUGAGAAAUUCAACUUCGAACAUUUAGCAAGGUCAACUGUCCUGAACCAGCAACCCUUACUCCAGCCUUUGAACUUGGAGCUCUCUCCAGAGGAAGAAGUUACAGUUUUAAUGCACAUGGAUAUCAUCAGGGAAAAUGGCUUUCUUCUAGAGGAGAAUCCGGGUGCUCCUCCCGGAAAACACUUUAGACUAAGGGUCGUCCCUUAUAGCAAGAAUAUCACCUUUGGAGUCGAAGAUCUUAAAGAUCUAAUUUCAACUCUGGGAGAUAACCACGGGGAAUGUUCGGUUGUCAGUAGCUACAAAACCAACAAAACAGAUUCGAUUUGUCCAUCACGAGUCCGUGCAAUGCUAGCAUCCCGAGCAUGCAGAUCGUCUGUGAUGAUCGGAGAUCCACUUAGAAAAAAUGAAAUGCAGAAGAUAGUAGAACACUUGGCAGAUCUGGAAUCUCCUUGGAACUGCCCACACGGACGACCAACAAUGCGGCAUCUUGUCGACUUGACAACUUUACUCAAAUUACCUGAUGACGGCAGCAAUGAUGAUGAUGUUGCAGCCAUGUCGCUGACAUGAACUGAUUAGUCAUUUAGCCUUAACGUAUUUAGAUUGCGAGCAUCCUUAAAAGUAACAUUUUGGAGGAGGAGGAUCACUCAUGUUAUUAAACUACAAAAUCUGUAAAUGUUAAAUGUUGCCCUAGUCUUUAUUAUGAUCUUCUUGGCCACAACAGGUAAAUCAACUGUCUUGUAGACAAGGAAAUAUUGGGGAUUCUCUUGA